AUGUCCUUUGGAAGAGAUAUGGAGCUGGAACAUUUUGAUGAGCGUGAUAAAGCACAGAGGUAUAGUCGAGGGUCACGGGUGAAUGGCCUGCCAAGCCCAACCCACAGUGCCCAUUGCAGCUUCUACCGAACCCGCACUCUACAGACCCUCAGCUCCGAGAAGAAAGCCAAGAAAGUCCGCUUCUAUCGCAAUGGGGACCGCUAUUUCAAAGGGAUUGUGUAUGCCAUAUCCCCAGAUCGUUUUAGGUCUUUUGAAGCCCUGCUAGCUGAUCUGACCCGAACUCUCUCUGAUAAUGUCAAUCUGCCCCAGGGUGUGAGAACCAUCUACACUAUUGAUGGUACUAAGAAGAUUACCACCUUAGACCAACUGGUAGAAGGGGAGAGCUAUGUGUGCGGUUCAAUAGAGCCAUUCAAGAAGUUGGAGUAUACAAAGAAUGUAAAUCCAAACUGGUCGGUGAAUGUUAAAACCACCUCCGCUUCCCGCACAGUGCCCUCUCUUUCCACAGCCAAAGGAGGCCCUUCAGAUACAAAGGAGAACAAAGAUUUCAUUAGACCCAAGCUGGUCACAAUCAUCCGAAGUGGUGUGAAGCCACGUAAAGCAGUCCGGAUUCUGCUUAACAAGAAGACAGCACAUUCGUUUGAGCAGGUUCUCACUGAUAUUACUGAUGCCAUCAAGUUGGAUUCAGGAGUAGUCAAGCGACUGUACACAUUGGAUGGGAAACAGGUGAUGUGCCUUCAGGAUUUCUUUGGCGAUGAUGACAUAUUUAUUGCAUGUGGACCUGAGAAGUUUCGUUACCAGGAUGAUUUCUUGCUAGAUGAAAGUGAAUGCCGGGUAGUGAAAUCCACUUCCUACACCAAAAUAGCAACGACAUCACGUAGAAGCACUAUCAAGAGCCCAGGUCCGUCUAGACGCAGCAAAUCUCCAGCAUCCACCAGCUCAGGUGUAUUUUGUAUUGUCGAAGGCUUUCACGCUUUUCAGGUUAAUGGAACACCUGGUAGCCAGCUUUCUACUCCCCGCUCUGGGAAGUCACCGAGCCCUUCUCCCACCAGUCCAGGAAGCCUGCGGAAACAGAGGAGCUCUCAGCACAGUGGUUCCUCUACCUCACUAGCAUCUACCAAAGUCUGCAGCUCCAUGGAUGAAAAUGAUGGACCUGGUGAAGAAGUGUUGGAGGAAGGCUUCCAGGUUCCAGCUUCUAUAGCAGAGAGAUAUAAAGUUGGCCGGACUAUAGGAGAUGGAAAUUUUGCCAUUGUAAAGGAGUGUAUAGAAAGGUCAACCGGUAGAGAAUAUGCUCUAAAAAUCAUCAAGAAAAGUAAAUGUAGAGGCAAAGAGCACAUGAUCCAAAAUGAAGUAUCAAUUUUAAGAAGGGUCAAGCAUCCUAAUAUUGUUCUUCUGAUUGAGGAGAUGGAUAUGCCUACUGAGUUAUACCUUGUCAUGGAGCUUGUGAAGGGAGGAGAUCUUUUUGAUGCCAUUACUUCUACAAACAAAUAUACAGAGCGUGAUGCCAGUGGGAUGCUGUAUAACCUGGCCAGUGCCAUCAAAUAUCUUCAUAGCUUGAACAUUGUUCAUAGGGAUAUCAAACCUGAGAAUCUACUGGUUUAUGAACACCAAGAUGGAAGCAAAUCCCUAAAGCUGGGAGAUUUCGGAUUGGCUACUAUAGUGGAUGGACCUCUUUACACUGUCUGUGGGACACCUACCUAUGUAGCUCCAGAAAUCAUUGCGGAAACUGGAUAUGGCCUGAAGGUGGACAUCUGGGCAGCUGGAGUAAUUACUUAUAUCCUACUGUGUGGGUUUCCUCCAUUCCGUGGAAGUGGAGAAGAUCAGGAAGUUCUUUUUGAUCAGAUUUUGAUGGGACAAGUAGACUUCCCGUCUCCCUACUGGGAUAACGUUUCUGACUCAGCAAAGGAACUUAUCACUAUGAUGCUUCAGGUAGAUAUAGAUCAGCGAUUCUCAGCCUUGCAAGUUCUCGAACACCCAUGGGUUAACGAUGAUGGCCUUCCAGAGAAUGAGCACCAGCUGUCGGUAGCUGGAAAGAUUAAAAAACAUUUCAACACAGGACCUAAGCCCAACAGUACAGCUGCUGGUGUCUCCGUUAUAGCAACCACCGCUCUUGAUAAGGAGAGGCAGGUUUUCCGACGAAGACGCAACCCGGAUGUGAGAGGACAUUACAAGGCACAACAAGCACCGCCAGAACUCAACUCUGAAUCAGAAGACUAUUCACCAAGUUCAUCUGAGACUGUUCGCUCACCUAACUCACCCUUUUAA